AUGACUAAUCCAUGGGUUGGUCGAUUUCCUUUUGAAAUGAAAGUAUAAAAAUAGAAAAAAGAAGACGUACAUUCUCCAAAUAGAAGUGAAAUAGAUUUCUUCAAUGUUCCAUCGAUAUCAGCUUCUGUUGGUAUAAAAAUUUAUAAUAGUUUAAGUUAUGCAACCCAAAACUGUAUUUGAAGCUCUAAAAGCAUUAAUGUUUAGAUAAAAGGAGAACUCUGUCUCCUAUGAUGAGUUCUAUUCAUUUUCUCGUAGACUCUAUAUAUGUGAAGAUCCUGUAAAUGAUUUUAAUAAUAUAAAGGAUUAAAGCUUAAGGGUAUUUCGAUAAAUAGCAGGACAAUAAGAGAUUAUUUAAUUAGAAGGUAACAGAUGUAGUUUUUAAAUCAAUAGAUUUUUUUUAAUUUCUCUCAAAGGAUCUAUUAAAAUUAGAUCUUACUAAAAUGACAUAAUUUGAGUUGGUUAUUAGAAUAGCAUUAGAAUUAUUUUAAAAUAUGUGCGAUGAUGAUAAUUAAUUAGAUCUGAAGAGAACUGUACAUUUUAUUAAGGAAGAAUUAUGUGAGGAUAUAGAUUUUGUAAAUUAUAUAAUUAAUAUAAGCUGGAAACUAUAGAUAUGUUUGGUUUUGUGUAAGAUCUUUUUUCUGGAAAUUUAGUAACAAAGAUAUCUUUAUAGGAUUUUUUUUAAAAAGUUGGUCCAUAAAUUAGAAAAGCUUUAAGUAGUAUCAUUAUUAGGAAAAUACAAUAGAUUGUUGGAUUCAAAAAGAUUCAAUUUCAUACAAGAUAAACAAAUUAAUUUAUUCAAAAUAAUUAAGUUAAAUCGGACAUAUAAAAAUUAUUGUAAUAAAAUUUUAAAAUCAAUUUUGAUGUUGAAAUUGAUGAAUAGCCAAAAUAAUAAUAAUAAUAAUAAUAAUAAAAGGUAUAAUAAGAUUAGAUUGUAAGUUUACUUUAACAAAGUAAGCCAAAAAUAAGAGGAUGGUUAUAACGAUUAUCAAUAAAGAAAGCAAAUAAAUGGCAAUUACUAUUUUUAUAAAUAGAUUAGAGUACAAGAUAUUUAAGGGCUGUAAAACCUGAAUCAAUAAAAAUUCAUCAUUUAGUUUAGAAUACUGAAUUUAUUUGUUUAUUAGAAUUAGUUACAGUACCCACAAAAGGUGUACAUAGAAAAACUAAUUCAUUAAAUUCAGGACCUUAAGAAAGAGAACCAGAAUUAUAAAGACCAAUUUAAACUGAAAAUGCUAGUAGUUAAAUUAAUCCUUUUAGUCAUUCAUUUAUAUUAAAAGAGCAAUCAUAAUCAAAAAUUACAUUAAUCAAAUCUUGGGAUAUUAGAGAAAUAGAAUAGAUUUUUCAUGAAGUUAAAACUUCAAUUGAUCCUUUAUAAAAUUAUUCAGGUAUUGUUGAAUUAUGUUAAAUUAAUAAUGAACCUUUAGAAAAAAUUAGAUAGAAAUUUAAACAACUUGUUUUUAAGGAACAUUUAAUGGUUUUAAAUGAAGGAAAAAUACAUUUUUAUACUGUAAGUUUAAAACAUUGUAUUGAUUUAAGUAAAAUGAGAAUUUCUAAUGAUAAAGAUUUACCAUUUAUACCAUCACAUCCAUUUCCAUUUUAAAUAGUUAUAGAUGAAAAGGCAUAAGUAGUUGGAUCAUAUUUAAAAGUCUAAAAAUUUGAAUAACCAAAUAAAUAAAAUAAAAGUGGCAUGUCAUAAAUUAAUGAAUUAGAAAAUGAAAAUAGUGAUAAAGAAGAUUAAAAAAAGGGCUUUUUUGAUUAGAUUUAUGAUAAAUUUAAAAAGAAGCCAAAUUUAAAGAAAAAUGAGAUUAGAAUAGUAUUUGGAGCUGAAUCUGAACCAAAAAGAAGAUAAUGGAUAUUUUCCUUAAAUUAUUAUAAAUCUAAUCAAACUGAUUUAGAAGAAUUAUUAAAACCAUCUUAUAGAUCAUCCUUUUAAACUCCAAUAAUGUCAUAAGGAAAUUAUACUCCUUCUAGAUCUUUUAUAAAAUCUGCAUAACAUACUUUACCAUAAUAACCAACUUAAUAAAACUUUUUUAUAGGUGGGAAUCAUACUCAUAUAAAUGUAGGAAUAUUUUUGAAUGAUGAAGAAGAUUAUUAUAAUGUAUUUUAACAUCAAAAUCAAUUUUAAAAUAAUACUUAAGUUUAAAAUUAAAUAGUAAAUCAAGAUUUAGGAUCAAAAAAAUAAUUAACAUAACCAAAUCGUAUACAUUGUCAUACAGAUCCUAAUGAUUCACCAUAAAAAGAAUGUAAAAUAAUGUUUAAUAUAUUAUUAGAAAGAUUAAUUACAUAACCAUCUAAUGGUGCUUAGAUAACUUCUAGAUAGAUCUAUUCAACUUCAUCAGUAGAAUUGUGGCAAAAAUUCCUUUUAGCAUUUUUUAGAUUUUUAAUUAAAUCUAAAAAUCAUCAACCUGAAGAAGUUUAAGAACCAAAAAUUUAAAAAUUAUAUAAUCGAUAAUUAAAGAUAUGUAAAUAGAAAUGA